GCGGGUAGCGGCGGAAUGGCAGGAACGACUGGGACCCGAACCGAGUCCGCGAGAAGAGGAAAGGAGCGGCUCCCAGACUGCAUCCGGUGCCAGCCCGCCGCGCGGGAGGCGGGGCGCGCGAGGCGGGGCGGGGCGCGGCGCACAGUGGGGCCGGCCCUCCGGCAGGCCGAGUUGUGCCGCUGCGGCCCAUUAGCAGAAACUGCCCGGACCGCCAUGGCCGCAGGGAGCGCCCCUGGGUGGGCCGUGGGGGCCCUUGGAGUGGUCUGCCUGUUCCUCAAAUUGGAUUUCAUCAGCUGUCAGUUACAAGAUAUUUAUGGAGCUAAGGGUGGGAAUGUAACCUUUUACGCUUCAAAGUUUCAACCAUUUACAGAAAUUACAUGGAAAAAGGGGAAGGAUAAAGUUAUAGAAUGGGUUGAACACUCUGAACCCGAAGCUUUUCAGUCUUUUAAAGAUAGAGCUUAUUUAGACACUGUGUCAGGUAACCUGACCAUCACCAAGUUAACAGAAUCAGAUGAAGGUGAAUAUGAAAUUGAAUCCCCAAGUGUUAAAGAUAUCUCCGUGUUCUACCUCAGAGUGAUUGCACCUCUUCCAUCACCAUCAGCAUCUUGCUUUUUGACUGAUGAUGGAAACAUUACUCUCACCUGUGAGAUCAUGGGACAUGGCGACGAUAUCGAUGAUAACCUCAUACAGUAUUCGUGGGAAUGUCCUUCAGCAAUACAGUGUCACCGUGGCUCAAUUUCAGCUGAAGCGUAUGUCUCACAGGAAAGUGAUCUUUCACAGAGUGUUCACUGUAUCAUUAGCAAUCCAUUAUUCAGCACAUCAGCUUCCAUCACUUUGUCAACCUGUGUACCAGGGGAUAAUUCAAGGCAUAGGUAUGUGCUUUUUGCCAUACUCCCAGCAGUAAUAUGUGGCUUGCUGUUUUUAAAAUGUUUUCUGGGACGUCGUAGCCAAUGAAACACAGAGGCCUAGUGCCUGUUGUGUGGUAACAGAAGAUGAAAUGGAACACAUGGUAAUUAAGUUAUUUCAAUUGCUUUGGGAAGGCAUCCGAUGUACCAUUCAUGUAUUACCUUCUCCUUGAGGAAACUUUGAAAGUCUGCCUGAAAUUGACCAUUUAUAAGAAGCAAUAUUUCCUAGAAGAGACAAGGACUAACACACAACAGGCAUUAGUGUCUACACUGAACAAAACUAGAUACUAUCUUGUUCCUUAAUUGUUUAUUAUAAAUUGUAUUUUUCUAGAGAUGUAAAUCUUUGUAAAUAAUGUAACUAUGUAUAUAUAUGACUGAAGCAACUCCCAGAAUUUCCUUUAUCUUCCAGACUUUGGUCCCCACAUGGUCUCCCUGGCCUUUUCUGACCCCAUCUAUCACCAGUAAAAUCCCUUGUAUCCUCUUUAAUGGAUGUUCAGGAUGUUCAGGUCCCCUUUAACAGAUGUGGUGGAGAGGCAGGGCUGGGGGAGGUAUGGGGGAGGUGGGGACAAGCAUAACCAGGAAGAAAUGCAAUAUUUUCACCUCUCUGUGAGUAGCCGUGUACGGAUGUGAGAGUUGGACCAUAAAGAAGGUUCUCGUGAACUCUGGCAGCCAUCUCGAGGACAAGCUGUCCUCUCCUGUGCGCCUUGUACAGUGGGCUCAGGGGGAGGCGGGGCAUCCUCCUGGCUCAGCUCUGCUUCCAGACCGUUGCUCCUUCUCCAGCUCUGAUGCUCACGCCAGCAGACCCAUAGCACCCAAUAGCCCUUCUCCGAGUUAUCUUUGUUAUUCCUCAUGCCAUGAAGAUUUUUAACACCAGGUGGAAACCACUCUCAACACUGCCCCUUUCAGAACUGGAGUGUUUUCAAAACCUGCAACUUCCAAUACCCUGGCAUGCUCUCCCCCAGGGAUCUCAGCUUCCUUUCCCAGCACCGCCUGGGCCCCACUCCUGGCAUUUUCAUUAGCAGUAUCGCAGCUCCUCACUAUCUUAGCAUUUAGCAGCCCCUCACUAGUGAUAGCAUGCCCCCUUUGCUCGCUGUCUUCCAUACCACGCCCCCAAGAGGCCCUAAUCCACAACUCCAGCAGUCCAGCCAGGACCUGCAAGCUGGCCACCCUGCCUCUUCCCUGGCCCUCAUCCCCUCUGAGUCCUCUUCUCCUCACUCUUUGGGGUCUCUGGUGUUCAUCAGUGCAACUGCACCCUCACUCUUUAGCCCUAUAGUUGGCCAAACCCCAGCUGUGGUUAUAGUCACUUGUACUAUUUCCCUUUCCCCCAUUCAAACUGCUGAACAUCCUGGAGAAAAACAUACCACCUGGCUGAUGAGUUUCACUUCAAAAUGACUGCACACCUCAAAGGGAUUCCCAGUGUUUCUCAGAUGUCCUCGUUGGAUCAUGCUGGUCCAUUCGCUGCUUCCUCGUUGCUCUUCUUAACACCCAUAACGCUGUGUCCUCAUUCUCAACUUCUCAUCGUGCUUCCUAUAUCACUGAAAAAAAGCACUGAGGAGACCUCUCUCCCCAGUCCCCACCCUCCCACACCUCACACCCAGCUGCGUCAGCACCCAUGUGCCUUGCCUCCCCUCCUGUUACUGUGGGUGAACUCUUCUCACUCCUCCUAAAGCCAGUCUCUCCACUUGUCUUAGUCUGCUUGGGCUGCCAUAACAAAAUACCAUAGACUGGGUGACUUUAAAAACAGAAAUGUAUUUGUCCCAGUUCUAGAGACUAAGCCCCAGAUCAGAUGCUGGCCAGUGUGGUUCCUGGUGAGGUCUCUUCCUGUCUGGCUCUUCCCCACAUGGCAGGGAGAAGAGCUCCAGGAUCUGUUCCUCUAAGAAGGGCACCAGCUCUGUUGGACUGGGGGCCUCCCCUUAUGACCUCAUUUAACCUGUAUCCCCUCCUCCCAGGCCUUAC